AUGAGCUUGAAUGAGAGUGUGCGCAACCGCAAGGCUCUCCCGGUGACGGAAGUUGCGGCAUGUCGAAACGUCAAAUCCUCGCGAACACCACAUGCGGGUGUAACAUUUUUUGUUUUGCGCUUCCUGAUUAUUUGGAUAUCUAGGUUUCCGGCCCUGGCCCUGAAAUUCGUCCUCACGAUUCUUCCCUUCCGCUAUGAUAUACUCAUGUUCGGAGAACAUGUGGCGGUGACCUGCAUCGCAUGGUACAUAUUCAUUGUCUGCGUUUGCGCUAUCGGAGAGGUCUACCUCUUUCUCUACUACCGGCGUGCGCCUCAGCGCGCAGCCGUUCUCUCGAGAGACAAUGAACAGAUUCCUCAUGUCACGGUGAUACGGCCUUGCAAAGGUGUUGAGCCGUAUCUCUAUGAAUGCCUUCAAUCGAGCCUCCUCCAAAACUACCCGGCUGACAAGAUAAUGGUGCACUUCUGCGUGGCCUCGCGGUCUGAUGGCGCCUACAAGACGAUUGAGAAGGUCGUGCGAGACCAUCCAAACCGCGACGCGCGAAUAUUCAUCGAAGAGGAGGACGAUGCCACCGUUCAUCCCAGGGCGCACAGAGAUCUGCUGGGCCCAAACCCCAAAAUCAGGAACAUGAGCAGGGCAUAUCGAGAGGCCAAAGGAGAUCUGGUCUGGAUAAUCGACUGCAACGUAUGGGUAGGUAGAGGUGUCUGUGGUCGCAUGGUCGACAAACUGCACGGCAUCUCUGCAUCAGGAACGAAAGGUCAACCAUACAAGCUGGUUCAUCAUCUUCCGAUCUCAGUGGACGUCGAUGCGUAUUCCGAGACGCAGAAAACUAAUACCUCGUCCUACGAUGACGCUUCGACCGCGGCUUCCAUACUGGAAGCACGUAGGUCGAGCAGGCCGAGCGAUUUGAUCCGGUACGGUGGCCGACUUGAGGAGCUCUUCUUGUCAUCCUCGCACGCCAAGAUGUACGUGGCCAUCAACAUGGUCGCUGUCGCUCCGUGCAUUGUUGGCAAAUCCAACAUGUUCCGCCGCUCCCACCUCGACUACCUCACGGUCGAACGGGCGCGGCGUGAAGAUCCUGGGGCUCCUACACAGGCUAGAACGGGCAUCGACUACUUUUCCUACAAUAUCUGCGAAGACCACCUUAUUGGCGACCUCUUGUGGAAGUCCAAGGUCCCGCCUCUGCCCGGAUAUCCACCCAAAAUGCGCAACCACGGUCUCGUCCUAGGAGACCUGGCCAUCCAGCCCGUUGCUGGCAUGACGGUCGUGAACUACGUUGCACGGCGGGUCCGCUGGCUGAGGGUCAGGAAAUUCACCGUGCCCGUGGCUACGCUCGUCGAGCCUGGGACAGAGAGUUUCUUGUGCUCCGCGUACGGAGCAUUUGGGCUGACAACAUGCAGCUUCACACAAAAGUGGUUCGGGAACACUUGGGCAUGGUUUUGCUUUUGGUGGAUGGUGAGCAUUGUCUUAUGGGCUAGCAUCGACUGGCAAAUCUAUCUCCUCUUACACUCUGGUGAGACGAUUGAGUCGGCCGAGGCACGAGGAGAUGACCUGCCGGAGUUCGCCAGAGUGCUGAAACGUGGUCAAUCUCGACGAACCUUCAAGGUUUGGCUGGCCGCCUGGCUCGGCCGCGAGGCCCUUGCGUUUCCCAUCUGGUUUUGGGCCAUCUGGGGCGGUGUCAGCGUGAUAUGGCGCGACCGCCGGUUCUGGGUCGGCAUGGACAUGAAAGUUCAUGAGAUACCAGUACCCAGAGACUCCCUCUGUCACGGCAACGUACUCAAUGGCUCUAUUGACAGAAGCGAUAUCGUUAAUGGGCUGGUAAACGGCACAGCCCACAAUAAGAGAGAUUGA